UGCCUUAAAAACUUUUGAAAGAACUUCAAAUCCAGUUGUAUCAUCACAAAAUGACUAAAUUCACAUUUCUUGCGAUCUUCGUCGUCGUAAUAAUAGGGAUGGUGGCCAACGAGACACAAGGACAACAUAUAUGUCAUCAGAUUCUAACAACUAACAAUUGUAAUGGAGCCGCGUGCACAACUCUCUGUGAGCAGAAGUUGCAGGGAAGUGGCCAGUGUGUCAGAACAGUAGACAGACGAUUUAUCUGUGUCUGCAAUUAUCAAUGCUAACUUGAUUUUUUUCUUUCUUUUGUUAUUUAUCUAUAAAGUAUCAUCAAAUAAUAACAAUAAAAAGUCCUAAGAACGAAAACAUACAGGCUCAUUAAAAGCCCA